AUGGCUUCUAAGCGUAAGGCCGACGACUUUAUAUAUACCCUAUCCGAUAAUGACGAGCUUCCUAACGAAGAGGAGAUAAUACCGGAACCGAACCCACCGAAGAAAAAGGCCAAGAAGAACAAGCGAGCUACUCAAUCAGACGACGAGGAAAAUGGUGCCUGGGGCAAGAAAGACGAAGAUGAUGGAGCGAUGGAUUCAGACUUUGAGUUCGCAGAAGAUGGCACAACAGACUUUAGGGCCGAGGAUUUCGAGGGCUGGGGCUUCGAUGGUGCGAAGAAGGGUAUGAAUGGGAACGCAACAAAGAGACUUGUUGACGUAGAUGAUAUCGUGCGAAGAAGGAGAGGUAUCGACGGAAGCGAUGCGAAAAUGAGCAAUGGCAAGAAGGAUGAAGUCGCGGAUGGCGCCGGUAGCGAAAUUGAAGAUGAAGACAUCGAACUUGACGAUCGGGACGACGAAGUUUUAGCUGAAGAUGGAUUUGGAAUGGGCGCUGCUUCGGACGAAGAAUCAGGUGAUGAGAAAGACGAGGGCGAGUCUGAACAGGAUGAAGGUGAUGAGGAGGAUGGUGCUUCGGACAAUGAUUCUGUCGCGACCCCCGUCGAUCAUCCCGACGAUGAAGGAGAAUCUGACGAAACGGAUGACGAAGAAGAAGACCCCGAAGAAGCAGCUAAGAGAGCGGCCUUCUUCGCACCCGAGGAGAAGAAACCAGCUGGAAAGAAAAACGGGAAAUCUUCUUUCCAGACCAUGUCGCUUUCUCGACCGAUAUUGCGCGGUCUCAAUUCUGUCGGCUUCAAUGAACCUACUCCAAUCCAGGCAAAAACGAUACCGCUCGCAUUAGAGGGUAAAGACCUCGUUGGUGGUGCGGUUACAGGUUCCGGAAAGACUGCCGCAUUCGUCGUUCCCAUCCUAGAACGACUACUGUAUCGACCGAAUAAAAUCCCUACAAGCCGCGUAGUGAUCUUAACCCCUACCCGAGAACUCGCUAUUCAGUGCCACGCAGUUGCAACUAGGCUGGCCAGCCAUACAGAUAUCAAGUUCUGUUUGGCUGUUGGUGGGUUGAGCUUAAAAGUUCAGGAAGCGGAACUACGUCUACGACCUGACGUUAUUAUUGCCACUCCGGGUAGAUUUAUCGAUCAUAUGCGGAACUCGGCCAGCUUCUCGACGGAUACGAUUGAAAUCCUAGUCCUAGAUGAGGCAGACCGAAUGCUCGAGGAUGGUUUUGCCGACGAACUGAACGAAAUCCUUACCACCUUACCUAAGUCAAGGCAAACGAUGCUUUUCUCUGCUACUAUGACUUCUUCCGUUGAUAGACUCAUCCGCGCUGGUUUAAAUAAACCGGUACGAGUGAUGGUAGAUUCUCAAAGAAAAACGAAUGACAAGCUGGAACAGAAAUUUGUUAGGUUGAGACCAGGUCGGGAAGAGAAAAGAAUGGGCUAUCUCAUCCAUGUCUGCAAGACAAUGCAUACUGAGCGGGUCAUCAUAUUUUUCAGGCAGAAGAAGGAGGCGCAUCGUGCUCGCAUUAUCUUUGCCUUAUUUAACCUGUCCUGCGCUGAAUUACAUGGGAGCAUGAACCAGGCACAACGAAUUGCUAGUGUCGAAGCCUUCCGAGAUGGCAAAGUAUCUUUCCUACUUGCUACUGAUCUAGCUUCUCGAGGUCUUGAUAUUAAAGGUGUAGAUACCGUUAUCAAUUAUGAAGGCCCACAAACCCUCGAGAUCUAUGUUCAUCGCGUGGGGCGUACUGCACGAGCUGGGCGCUCUGGUGUUGCUAUCACGCUAGCUGCGGAACCCGACCGAAAGGUUGUAAAAGCAGCGGUAAGAGCAGGAAAGGCCCAGGGAGCCAAGAUCAGUAGUUUGAUUAUCGAUCCAGCCGAAGCUGAUAAAUGGCAAGCCAAGAUCGACGAGUUGGCUGACGAGAUUGAGGCAAUUGCUCAGGAAGAGAAGGAAGAGAAAAAGUUGGCGCAGGCGGAGAUGCAAAUAAAGAAGGGGGAGAAUAUGGUUGUUCACGAGGAUGAGAUCAAGUCGCGGCCGAAGAGGACGUGGUUUGAAACGCAACACGAGAAGAAGAAGGCCAAGGAGGCUGGCAAAGCAGAGCUAAAUGGACUGAAGGAGUCGUUAAAGAAGAAAGGGAAUGGCAAGCUAAGCAAUAAGGAUAAGAAGAAGCUGGACGCGAGGUCGACCAGAGCGGAGGGUAUGUGGAAAAAGGGCUCUGCCGAGAGGGCUGGUAAAGGUGCUGUGCUUAAUUUCAAGAAGGAUAAGAAGAAGGCCGGAAAGCCUGGCAAGAGCCUCUUCCAGUAUCUUUUCCCUCGUAGCCUACGCGAACGCUACCGCGAGAAACUUAUCGAUCUCCAUCUUGAUACUUUUCCUCACUAUAAACAUCGCCUCCAAAGUCGUAUAUAUCGCUUCAUCCUCGACCGUCAGCGCCGUCGCCGUGAGCAGUCGCGUCUUGUCGACCACGCGCGACGGCUGUUUCUCGGCCUGCCAGCUCCCAAUACCAAAGUCGCGGGAGAUGGAUCGAGACCAACGCCGGGAAAGAUGACAUCCAUGUCGGGAUAUGGAGUGGGGAGCGGUAACUACGGCGCUGAUGGCGGGCGCGAAAGAGGCGCGAGGAGGAGGAAGCUUGCAGCUAUGGCAGGGAGCAUGUACAGGGCUGGCGCCACGGCGGUAAACGAGAUCAAAGAGUCUUACUACCAGACGAGAUCGAGGGAUAUGGAUAGUUCAGAUGCAUCCAGGAUUACCAUACCAGAUGCCUUCCCCGACGUUGCAAUUGUGACGAACGGAAAUGAGCAGAUGGUCUUAUUUCCAUCCUAUGCGAAGAGGCACAUUAAGAGUCAACCGAGACAAUUCGAUGAUCCUGCAGGCCCACCCCAUACUUCAACCAUCAGUAUGAAUGAACAGGAAUACUGGGAGAACGAGUGGUCACGACAUGAAGAUGAGAAGGCUAUCGUAGACGUCGAUGUCCGGGGCUGGAUAUAUAUCCCUCACAGGGGCCCAAUGACCCGUCGUAAUCGAAUAUUGAUUGGUCUGGCGAGGCAAUUAAGCGGUAUUCCCGCUCCAAGGGCGCAGCAGGCUGACCAAACGGCCGUGGAACCUUCUUUGGCGAGAACACACGAACGGCACGAGGAGGAACGCGAGCAAGAGAAGAUCGCUCAAGAAGCCAAAGAAAUUGAGCGUAGGGGUAAGGCUGAGGAGGAAGCCGCGCAAAAGGGUAGCUAUAGCGAACGGCCGAGAGACGAAGAUUCCGAGGACGAAGGAAACAGGCGACGCAUAGACCAGUAUUCACAAGAUGGCAAUCCAUCACCACCCUCCGCCCCGUCCUCCCCUGUUCUCCGAGGACGCACUGGUACAACAGGACCUACAGAGCUCUCUGAAGCUGAGCUAGCCGUUGCAAAUGCAAAUUUAAUGGCUCGCAUUGCUCCUUUCUUAACGACACCGUUGGUUGAGAUUCCUAUUACCUUGUUCUUCUACAAUGAUACGCAAGCCCAGUCGCGUACUGUUAAUACCAAUGAUUCGGGGCACUUCGUGAUCAGGGCGGCGCUUGAUUUCAUACCCACUCAUGUACGUGUGCUUGCGAACGAAGACUUAUCCUACACAGAGCCUGUGCAGCUCAUCGAGCCGAAGGGGGUCAGCCUAAUAAGCGAUAUCGACGACACGAUCAAGCGCUCGAAUAUCGCGCUCGGUGCUAAGGAAAUAUUUCGAAAUACCUUUAUUCGAGACCUAAAUGACCUAACUGUGGACGGUGUUCGGGCAUGGUAUACCGCCUUGCAUGAUCUUGGUGUGCGCAUACAUUAUUGUUCUAAUAGUCCAUGGCAGCUUUACCCGGUUUUAGCUACCUAUUUCAAGUUAACCGGUCUGCCGGCUGGCUCGCUACACCUGAAGCAGUAUUCGGGUAUGCUCCAGGGUAUAUUCGAGCCUGUGGCUGAGCGGAAAAAGGGCACGCUAGAGAAGAUCAUGAGAGAUUUUCCGGAAAGGAAAUUCCUUCUCGUUGGCGAUAGCGGCGAAGCCGACCUCGAGGUAUAUACGGAGUUGGCAGCUGCUAACCCUGGAAGGAUAUUAGCUAUUUUCAUUCGCGAUGUUACGACACCCGAACAGACAGGCUAUUUCGAUUCCGGAUUCGACGCGCAUAGUAACGGGGGACGCAUCCCUCGCACCAAUUCAGACACUCGGUCUAAUCAAGUAUCCUCUAGGAGUAGUAGCAGUGACAGCAAGGACAAGAAUCUAACUGGAAGACCCCCACUCCCUCCUCGGACGACAACUAUGCCGAAACCGGCUGAUGGACCAGUCAUGGGCGACCUGAUCGACCUCUCGGAGGAGCCAGAACAAGAGCCCGAGCCACAUCAGCUUCGGCGAGUUGAAUCAGAGCCCCAGACAACAGGAAUGGCUACGCGCCCGUCAGAUCUCCUAGCACGGAAACCACCGCCUCCAAAACCCGUAAAGCCAAAGUCCCUGCAGAGCGCGCUGGCCGCUCCAGUGUUAACUACUGGCGACGAUGGAUCUACUAAGAAGAUAUCGGGUUCAGCACCCCCGCUACCCCCAGCCCCGCGGAAGACAAAUCAGACGAAUAAUAGAGCGUUAACGCCUAGCCCGCUGGUGCAAAUGCAGACACACUCUGACCAAGCUAGCGGAAACGACGCGUUGAGAGGGUUGAAAAAGACUAGAAGUAACGGCCAAAUAUCGGCGAAUUUAACCUCUCCCCCUAACUCAUCAUCCAAGAUCAUCCCUCCCCCACCUCCACCCCCGCGCCGAAGCACACAAUCGAGCACCAGCACCGGCACCACGACCACGAAAUCGAGCCCGCGUCUUACGCCGGCUCGCGUCAGCGAUAGCGCCCUGACGCGCCGCCGGACUACUGGAGACUCCGAAGCCGAGUUCGAGGGUCUCUCACCUAGCAUUGGCAGUAGUGCUAUGUAUACCAACAACACCCCGACUGGGCAGACGGCGGCUGUGAACAAGAAGCUGGACUUGUGGCGCCGGCGGCUGCAACGUGCCCAGGAGACACUGGAGCCGCAAGGCGUAGCGCUGUAUACGUGGCGGCGAGGGGACGAGGUGGUGGAUGAGGCGUUGGGGAUUGUGAAAAGAUGCUUAGAGGAAAUGGAUUUGCGGUAG